CAGACCUGGCAGUAGCGCUCACCGUCCCGGACGUACGCCACGAAAUUCACAUUCUCUUCAUCAUCGUCAUUCUUUGCAUCACUAUAUUCUUCUGUCAUGCGCUGGUACGCCUCUGCAUGCUCGCUCUAAGCCCGUCGCGUUCGCGCAACUCGAGAGCACGCGCCGCCAACGGCCGGGACCCUGAAAGCUACGUGCCCCCGCGCCCGAUCCGCGUGUACACGGGCUCGGAAGAGGAGCUCGGUGUGCGCGGCAGCCCGCACAUCGGCAUCAGCAUCGACCCGGAUGAGCCAGAGCUGCACCCGGACAUCGAUCCGGAGAAGGAGGCCGCGGUGGCGGUCAAGCCACCCCCGCCGGCAUAUGGGCUCUGGCGCGAGAGCGUUCGUGUCGACCCCAACCUCAUGCAUUGGCAGGCCGUCAACUGGUCCGAGAGGCCUCAGGAUGCGGCCAACACCGCUACCGCUGCUCCCCACCGCCGCUCCGCGCCCGUUUUCUCGCCUACUGCGGGUCCUCCCGUCGCGACACCGCAUCUGCACCCUGAGAUGGUGGAAGGUAGCACGCGCCCGCCCAGCUAUGUCAGCGACGACGGUGUGCGCUAUGUGGGCGAGGCAGCGGUGCAGGCACGCCUGGGCGUACCACCCGCACAGUUCAUGGCGACGAUGUCGCCGCCGCGGCCACCUCCGCCGCCUCGCACGCCGGUUAACCAGAUUGAUCCCUCCACGCCUGUGCUGCAGUUCUCGCCCAUGACGCCCGUGGCCCAGAGGGGCCCCGUCACGCCAGUAGCUCAGAUGGGCCCGGUCACACCGGUGGCUCAAAUAGGUCAUGCCAUGCCGAUGCAGCACCAGUGGUCGCCGAUGCCAGCGUCGGCGCUGUAUUCGCCCAUCCCGUCGGUGCAGUACUCGCCGAUGCCGCCGACGCCGCCCGUCUUCUCGCCAAUGCCGCCCGCGCAGUUCGCGGCGACCAUGUCUCCGCGGCGGCCAGUGUUCCGGUCGGUGGUGCCGCGGGUGCCGCCGGUGAUUGUGACGGAGGCGCCGCCGCAGCAGCAGCCGCAGAUGAUGGAGAGGUCGUCGGAUAGCAGUUUUGUGACUGCGUCGGCGGGGGAGCACACGCCGAGUUUCAUGGGCGACGUGCACCCGGGGUAUCGGUGGAUGGUGAUGCCUGGGGGGAGGGGAGAGUAUUCGUGAGGAACGGGGGCGGGCUUUUUGGUGCCUAGAUGGUGAAAUAAUGAUUACAUAGACGACUGGCCUGGAUGCCGUUGGUUGGAUAUACCCUCUGAGACGUCUGAGACGCGGUUAAUAGAAACGACAAUGAGAUAUGAUCCAAGACUCUACGAUACUUUCCAUGUACGAGUGUAUACUCUUCAUCGACUUAUAACUCGCUUGACGUCAUUCGCAAGGGAUUGCUUGUCA